AUGGUUCGCCUCUUGGAUAUCAUAUUUGUACCUUCUGCAGCAGCAUCGAAUAUCGGUACUACUGUUUCUACGACCUCGUCUGAGGAUCCUACAGUGUUGACUCCGCCAAUUCCUCCUGCACAGCUUAACCGCGAGUUCGUGGUAUCGCUAAAACAAGGUGACCCCACAGGCGCGAGUAUUCAUAUCUCUGGUCCAUACUUGGGAUUCUCCAUCGGCUUAUCCGUCUCAGAUCGAGUCAUCGGGAAAAACUCUUCUGUUCUAGCGGUACCGUUCUUGAACCAUAUUGUCAACGUUGCCAACCACGCUGGUGCCGUUCGUGUUCGGGUAGGCGGAAAUGGUGCGCAGAUCUCAUCAUGGUUUGUGAUUACCAAAGUCUUAAAAUCCAACAGACUAAGAAAGAACAAUCCUGCGUCCGGGGGGACUGCCAGGAGGCGAGAUAUUGAUCGAAUCACAGCAGGGACCCACUACUACGCGGCUUCCCGCGUAGCAUUCGCACUCGACUUCGUUAAAAUGCUCGGCAACCUUUCAAGUUUGGUCAAAACAGAGUUUUAUCUGGGACUAGACUUUGCGAACAUAACCGACACGUCAAACCAGGUGGCUUUCGCUGCAAUGACAGAAGAGGUCCUAGGCUCCAACUUGCAUGACAUCUCACCAGGGAACGAACUUGAUUUCUACGAUCGACCAGGUUAUAACAAACGCCCUUCGCCUUAUACCUUCCGACAAUACAUGGACGAAUGGGGGAACGUUCCGACUGCAUUGGCAACCAACCCCGCAUAUACGAACCGUAACAUCCUCAUGGGCCCAAGUACUUGUUGUGAAAGCAGCAAAGGCGAACGCAACCAUUUUUUUGUUCACUCUUUGGAGAAUCGGCUUAAGGUCCACCGGCAUUUCGUUUUCACUGGAGUUGGUCUGUAUAGACUUGGAACUUAG